UUUCGUGAAAAAAUUCCAGUAGCGCAAAAUCACGGAACCAUGAAGUACUUCGUGCUAGCAUUAACUCUCUUGGCGUCAGCCGUAUUGGCCGAUGAAUUUCAAAAUGUUGACAUUGACUGGAGCACCGUAAAGCCGAUCGCUUAUUAUCCCAAAUUCUGGGACAAUAAGCCAGCUCAUAUGCGCCCAUCGCCUCGUUUCUUCGACGAAUAUGAACGCCAACGAGCCAAAAAUGGUGGACUCAUCGUGGGCGGUCGUCCUGCUCAACCACAUCAAUUUCCCUACCAAGCUGCUGUUUUGAUGUUCCUACCCGAUAUCGGCGGACAAGCACUAUGCGGUGGAUCCCUGGUUGGCACACAGACCAUUUUGACAGCUGCACAUUGUGUGGAUGGAGCGACACAUGGUACUAUUGUUCUGGGAGCCCAUUUCCUCACAAAUCAAGCCGAACCCAAUCAACGUAGAAUCGCUGUUCCGGGCAGUGCUGUUGUUAUGCAUCCAGACUGGAAUCCCCUUUUAAUUAGAGACGACGUUGCUAUUGUUCGAUUGGGCGGCCCUGCUCCAUUGAUUCCAGGAGCCAUUCAACCCGCAAUUUUACCAGCGAUGAGUGAUGUGAAUUAUGACUUUGCCGGUGAAGACGGUGUUGUAUCUGGCUGGGGAGUUACAAACAGUGCAAAUCCAGUUGCUGCUGAAGUUUUGCAUUACGUUUACGACAAUAUCUUAACUCAUGCUCAGUGCAGUUUCUCCAUUCCGGUUAUAAUUCAGCCAACAAUGAUUUGUAUGACUGGAUCGGCUAACCGUGGAGCAUGUAAUGGAGACAGUGGCGGUCCACUAACGGUUCGUCGUGGUGCCAACUCCAUGCAAGUGGGAAUCGUCAGCUUUGGUGUUGCUAUUGGUGGCUGUGAAAAUAUAUUCCCAUCUGUAUUCGGUCGCGUCACAAGCUAUUUGCCAUGGCUGUACGCAAACAUCAUUUAAUUGAUUUCGCUUGAGUUUAUCGAGAAUAAAGUUCAAAUUUAUCAAUA